AUGUGUCAUAGAACACCAAUAUUAAAUUUUAAUGUUUCUUAUAAGUGUAUAUAUAUAUAUAUAUAUUAAGACUUUACACAUGUGUCGUCAAGAUGGUUACUCUAAUUAAUCAGGGUGAAUGGGAAGUUUGGCUUGAAAACUCAAAAUGCCGAAGGAGUAAGGUUAUUUUUUCUGAAUUAAUAGCCAUAGCUUUUAGAAGAAGUAAUCUAACCUAAUAAUAGGAGAUAUUAUCAUCAGAAGAUGCUUUUAUAUUGGACAAUCUUCCAUUAAACCAAAUGAUGUUUGGCUGCAUAUUGCAGCAAUCUCGUUUUCCUCAGUCCAGUGAUCCAGUUAAUAACUAAUUCAAUAGUCUGGAGCCUGAUAUAAAGGAAGUUUGAGAUAGAGCAUCCUACCAGCCUU